AUGAAAUGUAAACAACAAGAACAAGAACAGAACAAUGAGAGAGAACUCUUGACCAUAGAAUGUGAUCAGCGGUGGACUGUUUUGAGGAACGAGUAUGCCACCUUGAAAAGAUCAUCAAGGAACAGACCCUCAGGAUCAAACUCCUACUCAAUAACUUGGCCAUAUUAUGAACUAAUGAAGUUUUUAGAUCCCUUCAUUAUUCAACGAGAGACUAUAACUAAUUUUUCAGCUCCUCAGAGUAUUCCUGAAUCUAGUUCUCAGUAUAGUGGUAUCCACAAUAUCAUAACUGACACUGAUUCUGAGGAAGAAGUUCAUAAUUCUAUGGAUGAAAAAGAGGAGUCCAUAGAUGAUACUCAGGCACUCUAUGAAAACUUCAUAGAGAAGCGAAAACUUCCAGCUAAAAUUCCACCGGCCAAAAGAAUCAAAUCCAUUGUACCAGAGCCUCCUGCCGAAGUGACAGAAAAACCCAUUGACCCAACCCAACAUUUCAAGGAAAGUCAAAUCCUCAAUAGAAAUGAAAACUUUAAUGAAAUAAAAAGGCUUCGAAACAUAAAAAAAACAAAGGAUAAUAAUAGUGAUAAAGAUGACAUUGUCAAUACAUUAGGGGGUUACCUAAGUUCAUUUGAGAAGUUCAUUGCAAAAAACAAAACUUAG